CAAACAUAGGCUUAAUUUUGACAAAGCAAACCUGAAGCCACUGCCCUUGGUGCUCUACGCUUUCAGCCUCCCAAAAAAUUUUCCCAUAGAGAACACUCCAACGCUAUGCACCCACCGUAUGCCGUGAGCCCCUGAGGCACAUUCCCCACCGCCCCGCCUCACCGCCUUCAACCAGUGGUUCAACUGGACAACGGGAAGGAGCAGCUCUGCCGAUUCAGCUCUAGUUCAACCGUCACUGUAGCUGCGUCGCACCAACGCUACGCUGCACACCUUCCACUUUGUCACCGUUGUGCGAUUCAGCUUGACAAGGAGCAGCUCUCUUCAUCAAUUUCAUCUGCUGCUUCGUUUCAGCUGUGGGUCACCGUUGUUUGUUUUCAUCUACUGCUUACAUUUUGUUACCGUUGUUCGAUUUCAUCUGCUGCUUCAUUCUUCUUCGUUUCUUCUUCAGUUGGGUGCUUCGGUUGCGAAAAAGGAAACGAACUACUCAGUACACUGUCGUUGGUACAUCACACAACUAUCGGGAAGGACCUCAAAUAAACAAUCAGGAGGACAAAGAAAGUGGUGAACUCCCAAACCCAAGGAGUGAUCAAAUUUAGCACACCAAUCAGCUGGGGAGAGAUUGGGGGAUCAACUGAAAUUAACCAAGGCCUAAGAUUCAUCUGUCCCUAACAUUUGAGCCAUCAGCUCCCAAUUUCCAUAGCCUUGGUUCCUCCACCGAGGCCCAAUUUCAAAGCACAGACCCAUUUCCUACAGAGGUGAUCCUUCACACUAUAUCUCAUCUCCUCCGGUGCAAGUCAUAUAUCCAUUUCAAUCCAACAUCAGCUCAGCUUCCGUUCAUUUUCAAUAGUCCAUCAAUGUUGUUGCAUGCCACCAAGUCCCCCAUUACCUGACCCACUUGCUUAUCAUUCUCCAGAGUAUACAGAGAGCCUUCUUCCUCAAAUCCCCGCAAAACAGAACGCUCCCAUCGAACCCAGCUUCGCAUGGCGGCACCAUCAACAGCUUCUGUCAUCUUCACAGCUCCACAUUACAGUUCCAGAGGACACUGAUGCCUCUUAUCUGCUGAGACAGAGCCACGGAUUUGGGUAUUCAUAGAAUUUCCUGUUAAUUGUUCAUUUUCAGUUUUGUUUUUUGAUUGAAUGCAAAUAUUACUCCCUAUUUUGGGUUCUGAAUGCUUUUGACUUUCAGAAUCAUUUUGGUGAUUAAACUUCCUGAAACCCUGUUCUCUUGUUGUUGGGGUUGCGAAGCUUUGGGGAAUGAGAUCGUUUCAUGGGGUAUUUGGUGGACUUGGUUGUUUUCUGUUAUGAAUGGGUGUGAGGUUCACUUUGAUGUAACUGGUUUUGCUGUGUUUAUGGGAUUCACAUAAUAUCAUGCUCUGUGAUACUGAUUUGUUGUGUUUAGUAGCAAGGUAGGGGCAUUGACUACGAAUUUUUAGUGUUGGUUUUGCUUGGCUUGGUUUCUGGCUUGGCUGAUCCGUUGGCUAUGUUCUUAAGAUUUGUUUUCUCUCUCGAAUAAGGUAUUACAGAUAAAAUGUACUUCUCAAGCAAGUUGGGAAGAUUAGAAAAAGGUUUAGUUAAUCUCGAGCUCUAUUCAAUUUUUUCUUCCAUUUUGUCCGCUUCUUCGCUCUGCUGCAUUGCUUUCUGCUGAUCAUUCACUCUUUUCUUCCAUUUCAUCUGCUGCUUCACUUAUGAUCAUUUCGUCAGUGCUUCUCCCUUUUCUUCCACCCAAGCCAUUUGUCCCCAGGUGUGACUUGCAACCACAACCACUUUACAACAAUGAGCAUAUCACAGAGAAUGAUGAUACCCAGCAAUACCACUGUCAAUAUCAUUUACUCAUCCCUCAAAAAUCCGCUUUUUAAUCUCCUUCCUGAAAACAAAAACCCCAACAACAUUGUCAAUAUCAUUUACUCAUCCCUCAAAAAGGACAAUACCCAGCUAGCUUGUCUCCAAAAUAACAUAAAGGGUCUCCUUUCUCAUCUGGGUACCAAUGAAAUCUCUAGGGUUUUGUUGAGAUGCCAGUCUGAUCCUAUUUCAGCUCUCACUUUCUUUAACUGGGUCAAAAAUGACUUAGGUCUUAAACCCAGUACCCAAAACUAUUGUCACCUUGUUCACAUCUUGGCCUGGUCUAAGGAAUUCAAACAGGCAAUGAAAUUUUUAACUGAAUUUGUUAGGUUGGUCAAAUAUUCUUCACAUAGUGAAGAUGUAUUUAGAAGUUUGGUUUCAUGUUGUGAAGAUUGUAAUUGGGAUCCUAUCAUUUAUGAUAUGCUUAUUAAGGCUCAUGUGAAAGAAGGCAUGAUUAGAGAGGGUUUUAUGACCUUUAUGAAGAUUGUGGAGGUUGGUUAUGUUCCUAGUGUGAUCGCGUGCAAUUGUCUUUUGAAUGGAUUGUUGAAAAUGAAUUGCAUUCAGCAGUGUUGGCAAGUUUAUGUAGAGAUGGGGAGAAUUGGUAUACACCCAAAUUCAUAUACUUUUAAUAUAUUAACCCAUAUAUUCUGCCAAGAUGGUGAUGUUAAUAAGGUGAAUGAUUUCUUGGAGAAAAUGGAGGAAGAAGGGUUUGAGCCAGAUAUAGUGACAUAUAAUACUCUGAUCAGUUGCUAUUGUAGAAAAGGAAGAUUGAAUGAUGCAUUCUAUUUAUAUAGGAUAAUGUAUAGAAGGGGUGUGUUGCCAGAUUUGGUUUCAUAUACUGCAUUGAUGAAUGGUCUUUGCAAAGAAGGGAAGGUAAGAGAAGCUCACCAGCUCCUCCAUCAAAUGGUUCACAGAGGGUUGAAUCCAGAUAUUGUUUCAUUUAAUACUCUCAUCUGUGGUUAUUGCAAAGAAGGGAUGAUGCACGAGUCAAGGUCAUUAUUACACGAGAUGAUAGGAAGUGGGAUUUGCCCAAAUAAUGUUACUUGUCGGGUUCUUGUAGAAGGAUACUCAAAAGAGGGUAGGAUACUUUUGGCUUUGAAUUUGGUUGUGGAACUUGAGAGAUUUCAUGUUCCAAUCUCCUGGGAUAUUUAUGAAUAUCUAAUAGUUUCUAUCUGCGAGGAGGAUAGGCCAUUUGCAGCAAAGAGUAUUGUGGAAAGAAUCUCUAUGCGUGGUUAUUUGCCUGGUGUAGAAAUCUACAACAAACUCAUUCAGUCUCUUUGCAGAAGUGAUGGUGCAGCUGAUGCAAUUCUUGUAAAAGCUAAGAUGGUUCAUAGGAAUCUCAAACCCAACUUUAUUACAUAUAAAGCUCUCAUCUGCUGCUUAUGCAGAAUAAAUAAAAGUAGGGAGGCCGAAUCUUUGAUGCAAGAAAUGCUUCAAUCUGGCAUGCUACCAGAUGCAGAAAUAUGCAGGGCAUUGGUGCAUGUGUAUUGCAAGGAAAGAGAUGUUGGUAAAGCAGAAUCACUAUUGGAAUUCUUCGCCAAGAAAUUUCAAAUUUUUGAUGCUGAGAGUUACAACAUACUAGUCAAAUUCUUUUCUGAGGUUGUUGAUGCUACUAAAUUGAUUGAGCUGCAAGAUAGAAUGCUGAAAGUGGGAUUUGCACCAAACAAUCUAACUUUCAAGCACAUGAUCUGUGUUUUAUGGAAAGCUAAGGCAUUGCAGGAAGAAAAAACUUCGUGUUGAAUGAGAUAUUAUGAGGGAAAUCCAAAGAAUCUGACAUUCUAGCAUUUCUGCAAUGUGCAUUUGGGUUCACUCCGUAAGGUAUUUUGAAUGUGCUUGUUGAAGUUGUAGAAGCUUCGCAUUAUGCAGCCGAAAGUGUCAAAAGACUGUGGCUUGUUGAUGCUGUGGAAAUCAGUUGCAUAUCCAGUAAUCCUUUGACGGCACUCCUGUUUCUGAUGCUUAAAUAAAAUUAUAUGCCUCUACUGACUCUGGAUCGAUUAACGGUAUUGAGGGAUCUACCCUUACUCUCACCUCUCUUCUGUCAGAACUCAGUUCGGAAAUAGUUACGGAAUCCAAUGUUUCUCAUCUUUUGGCAUCCACAGGUUGCAUAUACCACUGGGUUACCCUCAUCUGUAUGGUCCGUGAGAAUGAUGCACGAAACAUGUUAACUAUCAACGAAAAUGAAAAUGAGAUGGUUGCUUUUCUAUUGCCUUCGGAGAAGCAGCUUAGGCAUGUCAACAUGGUGGUCAAUUAGGUCAUUUGCAUGAGCGAAACCUUCAAUGACCUUGAUAGUUUUGUGUUGUGUAAAUCUGGAACAAGAACUCAGAUAACAAGAAAGAAGAAAGUAGCCAGCGAGGAGAUGUUGCUGUCGAUGUUUAUGAGAAUAAGAGGAAAUUGUCGUCUGAUGAAAAAUGGGAUGAACCCAGAAAAAGUGCACGAACAGUGCCAAUUGAUUCCUGUAUUGAUGAUUAUGGACUUUCAUUCUCAGUUGAACUAUUUCCAUCAGUUGCUGAAGAAAUGAAUCCUGGCCUGAUUAUGGACAUUUAGUUACUGAUUUUUCUGAACUUGAAGGAAUCAGCUGGUGGUGAAGAUGAGGAUGAGGUUGUAAUUGCUCAAGUUCAAUAAGGUACCUAUUUUUUAAUUUUGUCAUAAAACAUAGCUCAAAGAAUAUCAAUAUCUUUGUUUUUCUGUUAUUCAAUUAAUUUGGUGUAUGAACAUUCAAUUUAAUCCAUCUGAGGAGCAUUGCAUUUUUGUUAUAGAAAAAGAAUUAUACAAUUGAAUCAUCAAGGCGCAAGAAAUUUUGUUUGUAUCUCCUUGUUCUAGAAGACAAUAUGAUGGCAAUUUCACAUACUGCAUUGCUCAA